AUGAGGUGGAUUUGCGUUGCAAUCCUGUUCCCAUUGGUGCAGACACUUCACUCCUUGCAGGAGGAGUCGCCCGAUAGAAAAGUCUGGCUGUUUUACUGGUGCCUCUACUGUGCAGCGUCAUUUGCGCUGUACUGCUUCGAGUGGCUCGUUAGCAUACCCUUCUACGUUAUUUCUUUUUAUGUCGACAUCUACUAUGAGACCCAGCUUCUAGUAGUUCUUUACCUCGUGCACCCGAAGACCAUGGGAAUCCACACGGUGCAGGAGUUUUUGGAGACCAAGAGUCACCUGCUGGUGGCGCAUGGCGCCGAGCUGGCGAAGGUUCUUGGAGGUGACCAAGAAGUAGGACUCUUGAGCCAGAUCGAGUUCUGCACCGUCCUCAAAGUGUUGGAUGGUGUAGGACAGGCCAGGCACAUUCCGAAGGCAUCAAGUCCUUCGCAAAAGUCUGGGCAGAAAUGUCCCUUCUUCCCUACAUCCUUUUCUGAGCGCUACAAGCUUCGCAAACGAUUGCAGGGGGCACUUCUGACGCCAGCAGAUGUGCAGUUUCACACGAUCACGGAACAGCGGCUUGCAAAGUACAGGAGCAAGGUGCGGGCAGAGGCUCCGCCGACUAAAAAGGGGUGCAAAGACCUCGAGGACCUCGCUUUAGGCUUAUUCCUUUUCACAACUGCCAGGGGCUAUAAGAAACUUCUUGGAACCUUUGUGGGCAGGGGCGAGCAGACACGGGGGACCAUUGCCGCUUUUGGUUGCAAGCUGUCCUAUAGGCCAUCCAUCUGGUCUCAGCCAGAUUCGGGGAAGGAUGCAGGCUUGAUGCAGGGCGGGCAGGUUGCAUUUGCCAGCACCUUUGUGCUCUUGAAAGGGGCGCACAUCAUGGACGAGGCUGAGCCCAAGAUCUGGCCUCCGAUCUGGGUGUAUGGCAUCAACGACCACUUAGACGUCCCUGGUGAGCUUCCUUCAGGCUUCGAGCCGACUGGGAUGCUGGGAGCGGAUUUGCGGAAACUGUGCUCCGCGGUAAAUGCUGCAGUGCACCCUGCUUUCCGAAUGAAGAGAGCUCGGGAAGGCAGCCCAAGCAAGGCACACUCCCAGCUGCCCUCCUCGCACCAAGAAAGGCGCCGGCCCAGCAUGCUUGUGAAGGCACCGGACAUGUCGGCCUUGCUGGGUGGGGGCUUGGGCGGCUUGGGGGCUAUGUCGAUGGGAUUCCACGAGGAGCCUAAGCCGCCAAAGGAAGGCCCAAACCUGAUGGUGAAGUCUUUCCUCUUCGAUCGGACCACCAUCAGCCUCAUCGGCCUUUUGCUGCCGACGGUGCAGAAUAUCAAGGUUUUGUCCUUCUCGGAUUGCAACCUGGAUUGCGAGAUGCUCAGAUUGCUGGCCCAGGGCCUUGCAGAAGGCAAUUGCUCCGUGGAGUCCCUGCAGAUCGAGUGGAACAACCUGGAUCUGCCCCUGCCUAUCUUGGCAGAGGAGGAUUUGCCCUUAGAGGGGGAGGAGGGCGAAGAGACCUCUGCCUUCGAUCGGGCCUCAAGCCUUUUGGAGGCACGAGAGCGGAAACGCUACACCUUGCAGUCCGAGAGGCUUUUGACGAACUUCAAGGAGUGGCUUCUGAGUCGUUUCGGCAGCUUGGGGAAGGCUUGGGAGGCACUGCAGGUGAAGGCGGAGGAUGCUCCGCUGGAUGCCCCAGACUUCCACUCGCUCCUCUUCGAGCGGCUCGGGGUCAGCGGCUCCCAGGUCUUUGAGGUCUUCGAGGUCCUCGAUGGCCCGGACUACGGUGCAGAUGGUGGUGGCCUCGUCACGCUGCAAGUCCUCAAGGAGGCAUUGGAGAGCCUUCCCGACACGGAGGACGUCGAGGACACCGAAGCUGAAGAGGAUGCUUUGGGGCUGAGUCUCGCAGCCUUCCUCCAGCCCAGCACGGUGCUGGAAUCUGUGAGCUUUCGGGCAUGCUCCAUCACGCGAUUCGAACUGGGGCCUGUCUGCGCCACCCUCUCGAAGUGCCCCUGGCAGCUCAGGGCGUUAAACUUGUGGGAGAAUCGGAUUUGCGAUCGCGGGGCCGAGCUUCUGGCAAAUGCCCUGGAUGCCUACCGAGGCUUAGAGUAUCUGGGCUUAGGCCGCAACCGCAUCACGGAUCUCGGCCUGCAAGCCUUGUGCCAGCCCUUCAAGCCGGUGCAGCUCCGAGAGGACACGGAGCUGGCGGCAGCGAAGGACCGGAUCACAAAGCAGCAGGCACAGGCGAAAGCUCUGGCGGAUGCCAAAGAAAAGGCCCAGGCCCAAAACACCGAGUUCCACGGCCGCCAGCGCCGGGCAUCCAUUCCUUUAGUGGACGAACUGGAAGAGAGGCCGGGGCCCAGCGAGGACAGCCCGGGCCCGAGCUUCUUUCUCCGGAAGCUCUCGGAGCUCCGAUGCCUGGUCCUCUCGGAGAACCCGAUUCGAAGCGCUGACGUGCUCGAGACCGUUCAGCCCUUCGGGCCCCGGGGCGCCGACUUGCUGCUGCGCUGUACGCCGGCGGCCACGGAGCUGGGAAUAAGGCGGCCGGAGCUGCUCAAGGAGAAGGAGAGGAAGCCUCUCCUGAACCUGGGCCAGAAUCUCGGUCAUGCCAAGGACCCCGCGGCUCCGCCAGAAGGCUGGGUUCUGCUCGAGGUGGCUCAGGAGCGGGCACCGAGAACCAGUCGGUUGCAUCCUUUGCCGUCACUGCCAGACGAGGCAAUCGAGGCGAAAACGCUGCAGCAGCCUGCGCCUGCGCCAAGCACUGCACGCGGAGGCUGUGGUCAAACCAGAUUGUCUUCGCGGCAGGAUGGAGCAAGCCUGCAAAGAUCAGGCAGUGAGAUGCUUCGGGGGCCGACGUUGCGCCUGAGCUUGCGGAACAGUCAAAAGGCCCUUCAACAGACUCUGCUGGAAAUUCGGCAGCUGAAUCAGCAGAAGCGCUUUCAUCUCAGUCGAGAAUCACAGCGACAGCCAUAUCCAGAAGGAGCUCGCCUGCAGCUCAGCGAAGACAAAGCCACCGGGGCACUCUGCUCCAGAGGCGAAGCUCCAGCCUCCAACAUGGCCACACAACGUUGGGCCCUCUUUCUCAUUCUUGUGCUGGGACUGUAUGGCCUCUACAGCGUGUCCUUGCUGGAUGCUGGGGGUUCACCCUCGACGGGAGAGACGGGAGUUGCAAAAAGGACGUUGGAUCUCGAAGAGCAGCUUGAGGCCGAUCUGGAGGCUAAGCCAGAAGAUCAAGAAGCUGGUUUCCCGACGCUGCCUGUUUCAGACUUAGAUGGGAAGCAGGACGAGGGGUCGCAGCAGACGGUGCAGGACUUGGAGGACCAGCCGGAAGAGAAGAUCGAGAUGGAGGAGAAUCAGAAGGAGGAGCAAGAUGACGUACCCUCAGAGAAGCUGGAGACCACGUCCCUUGCUUGCGCCGGCCCUAUGAUUCCGCCAAGCCUUCCUGUCCAAGCGGCGGCAGAGCUGAAGUCCAAAAUCUGGAAAGCGACGCGGGAAUGGGGGUAUGACCAGCAAGCUUACAGCUACCGACCCUUCAAAGGUCUGCAUCUUCUGGACAUUGGGAUGGGGCAAGGGCCCAUGGGUGUAGUCGCCGUGCAUGUUGGCGUCAAGUCCUACAAAGGGAUGGAUCCAGCUCUGUGCAUCAAUCGCCAUGCCAUGACACGAGACAAGCGAGUUGGUCGAGCUCCAAACCCCAUCGAGUGUCAGAUGCUCAAAGAUUCUGAGGCUUGCGAAGGGAAAGGCGAGAAGUGUGAAAUGUUCCAGAGGUGCAGUCAUCUCAUGUUCAAGAAGUAUCGGGAGUUCCCCUUCACUGGCGUUGAGAUGAUGCAAGCCUUUUCAGGCCAGAUAGUGUUGCUGCCCGGUACGUUUGCAACUCUGCGGCCCACGGGACUCAUCAAGCCUGGUAGCUUCGAUGUUGCUACGCUCUGGUUGGUGACCGAGCACUUGCCGGACAACCGGCAGGUCAUCGAGGGCAUCUUCGAAUGGACGGAGCCGGGGCAGCUACUUGCCCUGAAGCAUCAUAACUAUUACGGCUUUGACGGCCAUCACCAGAAACCCCGUUACCCAGAGGAUCACAACACCAAGAACAUCGCGGAAAAUGGUGUAGUCUUCUGGAAGCAUUUGGAGCCGUCCAGCUGGGUGUUUAACUACACCAACACCAAUCGCAUCCGCUUAGGCGAUCUGAUUGCUCUGGUUGACGUCUAUUUUGAGUGUGCGUGGCGUGCAACUUUCGUUGCAAGCUGGGAGCGGGCUCUCUUAUCGAGACCAGAGUUGCUUCGAGCCUUGGAGAAGCGGGGCUUCCAGCAGAAUGAGCUGUUGAUAAACAAAUGGACCAUCGCGUGCGCCCGUCGAAAAGAACCCAAAGACGCAAAGCAGUGGCUAGACUCUCGCAUCUGGCUACAUCCAGCGACCGAUGGCUCUUACAGUCCACGGCCUUUGCCCAAGAAGCUGCGCAAAAGGAUGCCGGGAAAGACUGGUGCAGCCACGGCUGUGGUGGAGUUCAUCCCUUCCGGCCGGAGCAACCUGAAGAGGUAUCUCGUGGGGUGA